AUGUUGAACAGUACUGUUGGGCCCGAUGCAGUCGAAAUCAGGAAGAGCAUUGCUUGGCAGCCCCAUGGGAGAUGCUUCUUCAUCCACAAUCAAGAAGAGUUCUCUAAGAGCAUCCUUCCAAAGUGGUUCCCUCGUCUCAAGUACCCAUCCUUCCAGCGUCAGCUUCACAAGCAUGGAUUCCGCAGGCUUCACAGCCAAGGACCGGACAAGGGCGCGUACUAUCACGAGCACUUCCAAUGUGGCAAGGUUGAGUUGGUCCACAAGAUUCAUCCGGUCAAAGGCCGCGGCAAGCGUGGCAGAAAGCCCCAGGCCACAGAGCCCAACUUCCACAGCAGCCCGGAAGGUUCCCCAAAGAGCCAAGCAACUACGGGCGACGAGCGUUCAGUGAGUGACUUCACGCUUAAGGCCAACAAUUCAAGCGAGAGCCCCCAGCAAAAGUCGGACCAGCUUGCUUCAAACGAUAUCUCCAUCCGAGAAACCACCGCUCGAAGCUUUGCAGAUCAGUUGUCCGAGCUCCGAGGCUCGUCGUCCGUGGACAUGUUCUCGGCAAGCGCUGCGGCCCCACGCAUGUUCCAGACCGCUCAACAAGGCCAACUUCCCACGGAUCUAGGCUUCCCGACAGUCCCAGCACCCCCAACAGCUUCACGAUCAGAGAGUAUUUCCUACCUCCUCAAUGCCCCACUUCCUCAACUCCGCGCGGGCAACAGCAUUUCCUUCCUCGAUGCGCCACUUCCUGCUCUCGGAUCCAACAGCCUCUCCUUGGCUUCUGCGUCGCUCCCAAACGCUCCCAUCCAGUUUGACGACAACAACUCGAUGUACCAACAUGGAUCCAUCGGAAACAAUAAUGUCGCCAGGCUUCCUCUCUCCUUUACCCACACAUCAUCCCUCCAAGGAUCGGCUUUGAGGAAUGUCCAGGAGUCCGCGUUGAGAUCACUCUCAACAGUGGAGGAGGACCAAAGCCUCAUUGCCCAGCUCAUGAGUAGUGCCAACGCUACUGACAACAACAUUCCACGUGCCAUGAGCCAACAGCAGCAAGAGUUGGAAAUGGCACUCAUGCCACGCCCCCUACGAGAAGAUGUUCCCACUCAGCAACAGCAGCAAGGGCAACAGCAUCAGCCUCAAUACUCGGAGCAGGAGCUACAGGAGCUGAUUCAUCGCCAUGCACAGCAGCUCCAGCUUCAGCUAGAGAACAUGCGGCAGUUGGAGCAACAACUCCAGCAACAGAUCAACAAACGACAGAGGGACGGCGACGAUGAAGAUCCUCGCAGCAAGCGAAUGCGCAGGGACAGCAGCGAUUGGUUUUAA